CACACACACACACACCAUUCACACUUGUUGCGGAAGUGAGCUGAAUUUAUUAAUUUUGUGCAAAAGUGGAAUUGAAAAUGCAAAUCCGUCUGUCGGAUGCUGUUAUUGAACACCGGUGACAAAACUCGUGUAGGGCUUUUUUGUGUAAAACUGUAUUUUUGCAAAUAAACGACAAAAGGCGGGAUGUUUCCAAACGAUGUGGUUUUGUACAGAAGUGAAAGUGUAUUAUAUCAGUGGUGGACCAUCAGGGACAUGAGUGAAGACUACGUAGAGUUGCAGUUUCUUCGUCUGAUGAUUGUUUUCUCUGUUUGGAUCUGGAAAAAGAGAUCAGUGAAUCGCACCAUCAGUUCUCAGCCCAUCACUGACACAUCCCCAGUCCAGUCUCCUGUCUCUCCAUCUGCUGGAUUCUCUGUUGUUGUGAAGGCUGAAAGUGGCAGUAUUGUUACGCUUCCUGCUCUCAUUAACAGCACAUUUUCAGAUCAUGUUGCCCUCGACAUCACAUGCAGCACUGCUUUAACUCAAGCACAAAUUGAAAAGGAAAAUUUGGACUUAUCUACAGAAGUUCUCCAGAAAUUUCUGGUGAGUCACAGAGCUGAAAUGAAGAAGAAAUGCGAGUGCAUUUUUGAGGGCAAAAAUAAAAAAAAAUUUCCUCUGAAGAAGGUCUACACACAGCUUUACAUCACCGAAGGAGAUUUCAAAGAAGUUAACAAGGAACAUGAGAUUAUGAAAAUCGACAAAGCCUCCAGUGUGCAAAAAUCUCAGGAAAAAACAAUCCACUGCAAUGAAAUUUUCAGCCUUCAGGGGGAAGAUGAAGAAAAUAGAGUUGUGCUCACCAAAGGAAUUGCAGGAAUUGGAAAAACGGUAUCAGUGCAGAAGUUUAUUCUUGAUUGGGCAGAAGGAGAAGCCAACCAAUCCAUAGACUGCAUUUUCCUCCUUCCAUUCAGAGAGAUUAAUUUGAUUAAGGAUGAAGAAUACAGUCUGCAUGAAUUACUGCAGGAAUUCCACCCUGAACUGGAAAAACUCAGUGAUACCCAUUUGUACAAAAAUCUCAAGUUUGCAUUCAUCUUCGAUGGGCUUGAUGAGAAUCGCCUUCCGUUGGACUUCAGUGUCCAUAUGGUGAGAAGCGAGCAGAAGAAAGCCUCUGUGAAUGCUCUCAUCACAAACCUUAUUGAAGGAAAUCUGCUUCCUUCUGCACUGGUCUGGAUCACCUCUCGACCAGCAGCAGCCAAUCAAAUCCCUUCACAGCAUGUGAGCUUGUAUACAGAAGUGCGAGGAUUCACUGACAAACAAAAGGAGGAGUAUUUUAAAAAGAGAAUAACAGAUGUGAAUCACGCCUCUAAAAUCAUCUCGCAGAUAAAGAAAUCUCGGAGCCUCUAUAUCAUGUGCCACAUCCCCAUCUUCUGCUGGAUCACUGCUACAGUGCUUCAGGAGAUGCUGGUGCAAAAUGGUGGUGAAGAAAUUCCCACUACUCUGACUGAAAUGUACAUCCACUUCCUGCUUAUACAGAUGAACAUUAAAAACCAGAAGUAUGAUGACAAAGAGGAGCGAGAUUUAAAGAAGCUUCUGACUAUGAACAGAGAAAUGAUCCUGAAGCUGGCCAAGCUGGCAUUUAAACAGCUGGAGAAGGGGAACAUCAUGUUCUAUGAAGAUGACCUGAUAGAGUGUGGUAUUGAAGUCGGUGUAGAUUCAGAGUACACUGGGAUGUGUGCUGAGAUCUUUAAGAAAGAAUCUGUGCUUUACGAGAAGAAGGUUUACUGUUUCAUACAUUUGAGCAUUCAGGAAUUUCUCGCCGCACUCCAUGUUUUUGACUCCUACCUCAACAAGAAUAUGAAUGAGUUACAAUUUUUUUUCAAUGAUUUCCCUUCUAUGAACACUCAGCUAGAUGUGUUGCUGAAGAACGCUGUUGAUAAAGCCAAAGAGAAUGACAAUGGACAUUUAGAUCUUUUUCUUAGAUUUCUUCUCGGCAUUUCACUUGAGUCCAAUCAGAAACUCCUGCAAGGCGUUCUUACACAAACAGUCGUAACCAAAAAGAGCAUUAGCAGAGUAAUCCAGUUCAUUAGACAAAAGCAGAACAAAGCUCCUGAUUUGUCCCCUGAGACAUCAAUCAAUCACUUCUUCUGUCUGAUGGAACUGAAAGACAGCUCCCUCUACAACCAAAUCAAGAAAUAUCUGUGUACAGACAACUUUCCAAAUAGAGAGCUUUCCUCAUCAAAUUGCUCAGCUCUGGCCUACUUGAUAUUAAUGACAGGGGACAUUUUGGAGGAACUCGACCCAAAAAAAUUCAACCCGUCCAUUUCAGCCUAUAGGAGACUCAUCCCUGCUGUGAGCUGCUUCAGAAAAGCUUGGCUUGCUGGUUGUGAGUUGACUGAAACAUGCUGGGAGACUGUGACUUCAGCUCUAGGGGCAGAAAGCUCGGUUCUGACAGAGCUGGACCUGAGCGACAAUUACAGGGUGGAGAAGGGAGCAAAGUUGCUUUCUGAUGGACUGAGGAGUUCACACUGUAAACUGGAGAUACUGAGACUAGCAAGAUGCCAUUUCUCCCAGAGCAGCUGUGCUGAACUCGCUUCAGCCCUCACAUCAAUUUCAUCUUCUCUGCGUGAACUGGACCUGAGCAACAAUGACCUGCAGGACACUGGACUGGAGCUGCUUUUUGCUGGACGGGAAAAUUUAUACUGUAAUUUGCAGAUUUUGAGGCUGAACUGGUGUAACCUCACAGAGAAGAGCUGCUCAUUCCUCUCCUCUCUUCUCAACACUUUAAGAGAGUUGGACCUUAAUAACAAUGACCUGCAGGAUUCAGGAGUGAAGCUCAUUUCUGAAGGACUCACCAAUGAACACUGCAAACUGCAGAUACUGAGACUAGCAAGAUGCCAUUUCUCCCAGAGCAGCUGUGCUGAACUCGCUUCAGCCCUCACAUCAAUUUCAUCUUCUCUGCGUGAACUGGACCUGAGCAACAAUGACCUGCAGGACACAGGACUGGAGCUGCUUUUUGCUGGACGGGAAAAUUUAUACUGUAAUUUGCAAAUUUUGAGGCUGAACUGCUGUAACCUCACAGAGAAGAGCUGCUCAUUCCUCUCCUCUCUUCUCAACACUUUAAGAGAGUUGGACCUUAAUAACAAUGACCUGCAGGAUUCAGGAGUGAAGCUCAUUUCUGAAGGACUCACCAAUGAACACUGCAAACUGCAGAUACUGAGGUUGCCUGGUUGUUUAGUGACAGAAGAAGGAUUUUCUUUACUGGCAUCUGCUCUGAGUUCAAACUCCUCACUAGUCCUGACAGAUCUCGAUCUGAGCUACAAUAACCCAGGAGAUAAAGGAGAAAAGCUGCUCUCUGAACUGCUGAAUAAUCAAAACAGCAAACUGAAGACACUCAAGAUGGAACCAAACAGUGAACGAUUUAUCAAAGCUGGGAUCAAAAAGUAUGCCUGUGAGCUCACGUUUAACCCAAACACGGCACACACACAACUGUGUCUGUCUGAGUCAAACAGGAAGGUCUCUUACACCUUCCAACAGCAGCAGUACCCAGAUCACCCAGAGAGAUUUCAGCUGUAUCAGCAGGUUCUGUGUAAUGAGAGUCUGAGCCAUCGCUGUUACUGGGAAGUCUGUUUGGAAGACUCAUUGCCCAAAAUUGGCAUCACAUAUCCUGAAAUUGAGAGGAAAUCAGAAGAACUUUUGCUGUGGAAUUCUCGCAUGAAGCUUGGGUCAAACUUGGUUUCCUGGGUGCUUUGGUGUGUAACCAACAGAUACUACAUUGCUAGGCACAAUACAAAGGACUUUACCAUAGACAUGCCAAACUCGAAGAGGAUUGGUGUGUAUCUGGACUGGCCUGCUGGAACUCUGUCUUUUUACAGCGUGUCGCCAGAUACACACACACUUAAACACAUACACACAUUCUACACAGUGUUUGAGAAGCCGGUGUAUCCGGGGUUCAGCGUGGAAAGCGGCUCUCUGACUUUGUGCCAGCUGGAUUAAUUGCCACAUAAAGGAGUGAAUGAUUUAAAAAUAAAUAAAUAAAUAAAACAUUGUAUAUUGUAUGUAUAUCUAAUCUUUUACAAAAAGUCUGGAAUUUGUGCCUUUAAUCAAUUGAAAUCAGCUUUGCUGAACAUUUAUAGAAAAAUGACGAUAGCCAUGCAGCUUUAUAGUUUUUAAAUCAUUUGUAGAAAUCUGAAGUAAAAAAAAAAAAGUUUUAUCUGUCAAUCUGGAAUAUUAAAAAAUGGAGUGCAGAGGUUUGGAAAAAGGUUAGACAAUGGGUUUUUUUCUUCUUUUCUAAUUAUUUCCUAAU